AUGGCCCCUCUGAUCGGAUAUUCCCUUGAACUCAACUCGCGCCAGGACCCCGGAGAUCCCAACCUCCAAUGCUCGCCGGCAACGCCCUGGUCCAUAUUCGUCUUCUUCGCCACGAACUACCUGGCUCACUGCGCAACGGUUAAGAACUAUCCAGGGUCGUCCGAACUCGAUAUAGCUGUUGCAACUGCUUUGGCGCUGUUUCUCCCUUCCUCAGGCAUUACCAGGGCGCUCUUUUCGAUUGUGCGGCGUUCUCGGUUCAAAAGAAACAGGAAUCCCCUAGAGCGUGCGGCCCUGGCAGGAGCCCUCCGCAUGGUCGUUCGGAACGAGAAGUGGAUACCCAUGGUGGGAGAUCGAAUCAAGCCAAAGCUGGAUGGCUAUUUCACUCGCGGCCCUGAUCAAAACUGGUCGAAGGUGUCUUAUGACAGAUAUGGCCGGCGUAUCGUGACUGAGAAGACCGGUGGUGCCGGCACUCUCAAUAUCAUCGAACCGAUUAGAGCACGGGAUGACGGUAAUGAUACGUCUGCGUUGCCCAGAAGCCUAAUUUCAAGCGAGAUCCGUCCCGAUAAUACACCUGAAGGAGCUCAGAAACCUGUCAUGCAAAAUGCGCUCCGAGUGAAUCGCGUACGUGUUUCGGAGAACCUAGUCGAUGACAUCGAUUACGACAAUACGUUCUCACACACUGGCUCUUUCCAGCAUCACGUCUCGCGGGAUCGGCAAAACUUCCAUGGCAAGGCGUUGCUCCCCCCAGGAUACUCAUGGGCCGAAGUCCACGGGGAUGCCAAACUCUCGUGGAUCGGCCCGCAACCGGGUUCAGGAGUGCAAGAGCAAGACUUGACGGGCGGAGACCCGAACAUAAGCUCAAACUACAACUGGAUCCAGUCCCUGGUGGCCAUAUUCCAGGCAGGGAGCGCGGGAUGGGCACUCUACAGAGCGCGCGGCAAUCAGAUCCAGCGCUACGGCUACGCAGCGUUUGGCCUCACCGUCGUCCCCUACCUCAUUAUGAGCGUUAUCAACCUGCUCGCACAGAUCGCCACAGCCGACUACCCCAACGUCUUCAUGGUCGGCAGCCCGGAAAUGGACGAGGCUCGGAGACACGGGGGAGUAUUCGACGGCGUCGUUGGACAUCUAGAGCCAGAGGAGGUGAAAGACAACGAAGCUGAGAAUCCCGAAUACGAGGUCAAGUACACCAACGGCACACCCGUUCUGGAGAAAGUAUCCGGCAGCGAUUUCUACCCUUCCAGCAUCUACUUUGAGAAACACCCCACGCCCAAAACACGGGAAUACGGGGAUAUUCGCAUUGACACCUACACUCGAUACAGACUCGUUACCCCCAAGCUGAAGCGAGGGCUACGGAUCUUUUGCUUUCAGUUCUACAUGCUGCCUGUCAUGCUGGGUUGUCUCUCGCUUGUCGUCGUUGGCGCCAUGACGCACUUUGCGAACGGGGAGAGCACCAUGGCGCAGCGGGGAUGGAUCAUGAGCUGGCUCGUCGUUGGCAUUGCGUGUGGGCCUUACGCGGAUUCCAUGAGUGCACUCUUUAUUCCGGAACACGACGAGAAGACGGGCAAGGUUUCAAAGGCGGAUUACUCUGCGAAAAUCGUGGCAGCGGUCUUGUACCUUGGGAUUUGUUGCGUUCCCGCGAUUGGAGGAUUCGCGGUUGUUGCUGGGAUGCUCCGGGAGUACGGGAUAUGCGAGUCUAAUGACUGA